AGCAAAUGCACAGCAGCAGGGAGGACGGCACUGCCCGACAAGGAUGACUCUGAGUCCAAAAAUCUGCUUUUUCAUUGGCAAUGUGUGUUGAAGGGCAGUGCUCAAACACCCAGUAGCAUGGAAAUGAAACACCCUUCUGUGGGUGCAGGUUGAGCUGAAGUUCUGUCUUGACAUCUUUUCAAGCCAGCGCAAGUCGCUAGAUGUGAGAGGGUUGAGGCAUUCCCUAAAGUUGGUUUCCUUGAACAACGGGAACAAUCAACUGUGUGCGAGUUUGGAGUAUACCCCCUUCGCGCUUAAAUUGCAUGGGGAUCUCAGGAUUUCCCAUCGAUAACAUUUGAAGGGGUUUUGAAGCAUUGGGCUUAGAGCUUUGAAAAGGUAUUGCCAUCUGGGUAGCCGAGCUGCUGAAGCCGCAGUCUGCAGAACUGCUAGCUUUGAGAACUUCUCCAGAUUCAAGAAUCGGCACACGCAUCAAACACCAUCUUGAACGCCACCACCGCAGAAGCAGUUGGAAAAGUCAGCAGUCCGGUUGAACGGUUGGCACGCGUAGCUUAGGAUUGUCCAGACUACAGUUGCUGUUGGAAAAGGUGCAGAGGACAGAUUCUCUGGCCUUUGCGUGGAGUCGUCUAGAAGUCCACCGUGAAGUGUACAGAAAAGCCUGAUUAUGUCCAACUGGUAUCCGGACGGUGGUAGGCACAUAAUGCACCGGGCGGCCCCCCGGGGCUUGCAUGGCUGGGGGCGAACGCUUCUGUUCUUCGUGGCACUCUUCGCUCUCCCAAGCGGCGUAUGGGGCCAAAGUUGUGUCCUGCGGUUCGACAUCAACCCCGCCGUCUCCAACUUCACAAUAUCUGGCCAAGUGACAAAGCCCCUCACGGCGCCCAUCACGGGGGAUGCUGGCCAGGUGGUGAAUGCAUCAGGUCCACUUUACAUCACCCUCGCUUCUACCGGCCCCUGCCCUCCUUCCAACUGGUCCUCCGUCUUUCUCAACGGCGCCUCUUUCUCUGGCCCCCCUGCGACCAACCCCGUGCCUUUGAGCGUCGCCCCCGCUGACAUCAUCACGCGCAUCCAAACCCUGGCGACCGUCACCAUAAGCGAUCUGACGGUCAAUCUGACCAGCGCCCCUAUGAACGCCACCGUAACAGUCCCAGCCACGAAUGCUCAGAGGGUUACAGUGAACCAGACGUGGGUUGUGGGAAACGCUAUGGCGGCAGUGGCCCUGGCGGGGGGGACGCCAAGCCUGUCGGAUUUGGGGGGGGCGAGCACGAGUGUGGCAGGGAACGGCACGCUGACGUCAUUGGGUCGGACUGCCACUCUCGACUUCCCAAGCAUCGCCGUCGCCUUCUCCAUCACCGGCAGCUACGGCGCGACCGUCAUCUUCACUGGUCGCCUCUUGGCCACGUCGACACUCGGUUGCUCGUCCUCUUGCAACUUGAACGGCCGAUGUGUUCCGGGUCCGACGGCGCUCUCCAGCGGCACGUGUUCGUGCGAUUGCGGGUUUUCAGGGGGGUCCUGCGCCAGCCAAACCGUCCCCCCUCUGGUGUUGAGCUCUGCCGCGGUCGAUGCCGGAACUGACGUGGCACUGAUGGGCCCGGGGCUGGGAGAUGCGGUGUUGGCCGCGGUGAACAACGUGUCAGUACCGCCGGUUCAGGUCUCCGUUGGCGGCCUCAAUUGCACCUCCCUAACCCGCAUCGGCACCAACAACGCCACGUGUAACGCUUCCUCCGCUCCCCUGGGCUCGAAACUCUCCGUCAUCGCCUCCCAAGGCUGCCGCAAAACCCUCCGCUCGACCAAAUCUACCGUCACUUUAUCCGCCCCCCCUGUGGCCACUCUGCCGCCCGCUCCCGUUUCGGGGGGGGCUCUCAACCCGGCAAACUGCCCCCUGAACUUUGGGUACGAGUGCGCAGGAUACCCAGCGACUGCUGACGUAAAUGGGACGUGCGAUUGCACGUGCAAGGCGGGGUGGGCGGGCCUGGGGUGCAACAUCUGCAAGACGGAUGCGGCGUGCUCGCUCAUUGGCUACAGCCAGUGCGAACAGUCGAACUUGUACGGCCUCAACACGACGACCAAGAACUACGACUGCCAGAUCACCGACGCCAACCUCCAGAACGUCGUCGACAAGGGGGUCUCGAUCGCGGUAAAUGUCAGCAGCGGCCUCGCUGACGUCAGGUUUCGGGCCGCGGACAAGUACAGAACGCCCGUCAAUUGCACGGCUUACGAAUGCACGGCCACUGCGGGGACGACCGCGUUCCGGUGCGCCAGGACCAAGUGCGACUGCGGGGAUGCGAUUAUUCCCUGUCGUCCCGACAGUACAGUCUACGGCAUCGUGCCCCAAGUCUCCGGAUCGGCCGACUUCAAAUGCACGGGCAACGGAGGAACCGACUGCACGCUAAUCGUGGUCGGCUUUCCCGUCAACAUUGUCGCGACAUGCUCCGCGACUGAGUGUUCGAACGGAGCCAGCAUUUUCGUCCUCGAAACCAAGGGCACCAACUGGGCGGCGAUCGGGGGAUCCCUCGGGGGCGUUCUGGCCGUACUGGGGGUCGGGAUUGUGGUUGGGAGAUGGGCCCGUCUUCGUUACCGAGCCAAAAAGGAGCAGCAGUUCCUGGCUUGGAUGGCUUACAAGGAGCAGCGCUUUGCGGCGUAUGCUGCCGCCGCAAACGGGGCUGCAUCCCUCGCUGACGUGGACGGUCUUUUGGGCGACGCGCUGGCUGGCGCGCCUGAAUUUGAGGACGCCCCGAUUGCGCCCGGAAGAGAACUCGUGGUCGAGAACCUGUCGGUGGUCAAGGGGGAAAGUCUGAUCCGAAGGGUCGGCAUAUCGUGGUUGGGCGUCCGCCGCUACUUCGCCCUGCGGCGCCGUCUGCGCGGGGCCGAGUCUUACUCCAAAGAGCGCUCGCUCAUUGUUUCCAACGUCAGCCUCCGGCUCGAGAGCGGGAGCAUGCUCGCGAUCAUGGGGCCCACGGGGUCCGGCAAGACGACCCUCCUCAACGUUCUGGCAGGCAUCGGCGGGGGGCGCACCGCAGGCACGACCCCAUACGGCCGCAUAACCGUCGACGGCCUCAUACGAGAUGACGGGUACCGCUACCUGGCCGCUUAUCUCCCCCAGGAGGACUUCUUAUACAGCGUCCUCACCGUGCAAGAGACCAUACGUUAUGCCGCCCUUCUGCGGCUACCAGCUUAUAUGCCCAAGCGACUGAAGUUACAGAAGGUGGAUGAGAUUAUUGAUUACCUAGGUUUGGCCCGGGUUAUCCAUAACCGCGUGGGAGGCACUUUCGGGCGGCCGGGGUUGAGUGGUGGGGAGCGGCGGCGUGUCAGGAUUGCGAUGGAGCUGGUGUCCGACCCGCGCAUUGUCUUGUUAGAUGAGCCCACGAGCGGCCUCGAUGCCCACACCGCUGCGCGCCUCGUGCGCCUCCUCCACGACACCGCUCGUCGCGGCUCCAUCGUCGUUCUCAGCGUUCACCAGCCGAGUCAAGCGACCUUUGAAGAGUUCGACCAAGUCUUGUUGAUGUCAAAGCGCGGACGCGUCAUCUACUUCGGCCCGCAAAGGGAUAUCUACGGUUACUUCGAUCGGUUAGGGCACCCGUGCGCCGUCGGGCGCAACUUUGCGGACCAUAUGUUGCAAGUGGUUAGCGAGGCGGAGGAAUUUGACGACCCGAAAUGGGUGCCACCGCACGCGCUGACGCAGCUGCCUCCCGCAAGUAUGACGACGUCAAUGGUACCGCCCACAUCCCUUCCGUCGAUCACGCCCCCCUGA